AUGGAUGUGAGUCACUUGAUUUUGGGCCGUCCUUGGGAGUACGAUCGGAAGAUUAUUCACGAUGGAGCGAAGAACACUUACCAGUUCAUUUGGGAGAUGCACCAAAUUCUGCUCUUUCCGACUUUUGAGAUGACCGGUCAUUCUCCGCUAUCUGAUGUGCGUUUACAACCGGCACCUCUGGUUCCGUCUACAACGAAGCUGCUUUGCUCCGUCAACGAGUUCGUCGAGAAAUUUUGCAGCGAGGGUAUCGUUUUUUCCCUGCUUUCAGCGUCGGCAACAUCGACUCCUUCUCCGCCUAAUGUCGCGUUUACCAAACUCUUGGAUAAAUUCAGCGACAUUUUCCCAACAGACUUGCCAGCUUCUCUUCCUCCUCUACGCGACAUCCAACAUCACAUUGACCUCAUCCCGGGUGCGACUCUACCAAACAGACCACACUAUCGUAUGAGCCCUACCGAGCACGAAGAACUACGCCGUCAGGUUGAGGAUCUUCUCAAGAAGGGUCACAUUCGCGAGAGUCUGAGUCCCUGCGCAGUUCUAGCUCUGUUGAUUCCAAAGAAGGACGGUACGUGGCGUAUGUGCGUGGAUAGCCGCGCGAUCAAUAAAAUCACUAUUCGCUAUCGUUUCCCUAUCCCACGUCUCGAUGACCUCCUGGAUCAAAUUGGCAAAGCUUCGAUUUUCUCCAAAAUCGACUUGAAGAGCGGCUACCAUCAGAUUCGUAUUCGUCCAGGAGACGAAUGGAAGACAGCCUUCAAGACGCGAGAAGGCUUGUAUGAGUGGCUUGUCAUGCCUUUCGGAUUGUCCAAUGCGCCGAGUACCUUUAUGCGCAUCAUGAAUCAAGCCCUGCGACCGUUUAUUGGUAAAUUUGUGGUGGUUUAUUUUGACAAUAUUCUCAUCUUCAGCUCGUCUCUCGCCGAGCAUGAGGAUCACAUUCAUGCCGUUCUGUUUUUGGGCUAUGUUGUUUCUAACGAGGGUCUCUCGGUGGACCAAUCCAAGAUUGCCGCCGUUCGCUCUUGGCCGACACCGAAGACAGUAAGCGACGUCCGAAGCUUCCAUGGGCUCGCGUCGUUUUACCGCCGUUUUGUGCCCCACUUCAGCUCCAUUAUGGCUCCGAUUACAUCGUGCAUGAAGGAGGGUGCUUUUCAUUUGUCACCGGAAGCUGAUGCAGCGUUCGAUCUCAUCAAAACGAAGAUCACUUCCGCUCCGAUCCUGGUACUACCGGACUUCUCUCAGACCUUUGAACUACAUUGCGAUUCUUCCAAGCUUGGUAUUGGUGCGGUGCUGAGUCAACAGGAACGCCCUAUAGCGUACUACAGUGAGAAGCUAGCAGGAGUUCGCGGUCGUUAUAGCACGUACGACGUGGAAUUCUAUGCUAUCGUCCAGGCAAUUAAGCAUUGGCGCCACUAUCUUGUGCACAGGGACUUCGUCCUCUUCACUGACCACGACGCACUUCGCCACUUGGAUAGUCAGGUGAAAGUCUCUGCUCGUCACGCCUCUUGGAUUGCCUUCCUGCAACAGUUCACUUUCACAAUUCGCCAUCAAUCAGACAAGCUUAAUAGAGUUGCCGAUGCACUUAGUCGGCGUCACACAUUAUUGACUACAAUGCACACUUCUGUUCCUGGCUUCGCUGCUUUUGCAGAGUUGUAUGCCUCGGAUCCGUAUUUUGGUCGUGUACUUACGGAUGUGGAGAAUGGUUUGACUGCUGAUUUCACCUUGCAGGAUGGUUUUCUUUUCAAAGGAGUUUGUGUCUGUGUCCCCGAGUGCAGCUUGCGACUACAAAUUAUUCAGGAGCUUCACAACGAGGGACAUGUCGGCCGUGAUAGUACGCUCCAGUUGGUCACCACUUCCUAUUUCUGGCCGUCUCUUCGCCGCGACGUUGAGAGGUUCGUCGAACGCUGUCGUGUUUGUCAUUUAGCCAAAGAACGAGCGUCUAAUGCGGGCCUCUACAUGCCUCUGCCCAUACCAACUCAACCUUGGACUGAUUUAAGUAUGGAUUUUGUUGUCGGCUUGCCUCGCACGCAACGUGGCAACGACUCUAUUUUUGUGGUCGUCGAUCGUUUCUCUAAGAUGUCCCAUUUCAUUCCCUGCAAGAAAACAACAGAUGCUGUCACGGUUUCGUCUCUGUUUUUCAGGGAAAUCUAUCGCUUACACGGGCUUCCCUCCUCGAUCGUCUCCGACAGAGAUACUCGCUUCUUGAGUCACUUUUGGCGGUCUUUGUGGAAGAUGUUGAACACUAGUUUGGACAUGAGUUCUGCUUACCAUCCCCAGACUGACGGGCAAACAGAAGUGACUAAUCGCUCGUUGGGUAAUUUGCUUCGAUGUUUGGUUGGUGAUAAUGUGAAGAGUUGGGAUGCCAAACUGUGUCAAGCGGAGUUCGUUUACAACCAUGCCACGAACCGGAGCUUGGGACUGAGUCCUUUUCGCGUCGUCUAUGGUCUCAUCCCUCGUAGUCCGCUUGAUCUCUCUACGUUGCCUGACAAAACCCGCUUUCACGGCCAAGCUAUUGACUUUGUCGAGGGAACCCAGCGAGUCCAUUCGGAGGCUAAGGCAAAUUUGGAGGUCUCUUGGGCCAAGUAUAAGACUGCUGCAGAUUUAAAGCGCCGUGAUGUGGUGUUUCAACCUGGCGACCUUGUCUGGGUGCAGAUUACCAAGGUGCGUGUCCCAGCGCACGAAUACAACAAGCUCCGCGCCAAGAAGAUUGGCCCUCUCAAGGUGUUGGAACGCAUUAACAACAAUGCGUACCGCUUGCAGCUCCCGCCACAUUUGAAGACCUCUGACGUGUUUAACGUCAAGCAUCUUACGCCGUUCAUGGGUGACAAUGACGCGUCAGAUUCGUGGUUGAAUCCUCUCCUACCCGGGGAGACCUGA